UCCAGGAGGGAGGGCCGCGCACUUAUAAACCCCGGCCCGGGCCCGCCGGCAUGUCAGAGGCUGCCUCGCCAGGGCUGCGCGCCGCGGCUGGACACGUCUGGGCUGGGAUCAACGCAAGCGGCUGUCGCCAGCGGCGCCCUGCGCCUCUCAGCCCCCGCCGGGCUUGGGCCCAGUCGCGGCGCUUGCGCUCUCCUCCGCUCCUGCACGCGGCGUGCCGGGACAGCAUGCUCCGGGUCCUGCUCCUCGGCGUGCUGGCCCCCGCGGGUCUGGGGCUCCCCGCGCCCCCAGAGCCUCAGCCACGCGGCAGCCAGUGCGUCGAGCACGACUGCUUCGAGCUCUUCCGGGGCCCCGCGACCUUCCUCGCCGCCAGCCAGGCCUGCGAGGGGUUGGGGGGCCACCUGAUGACGGUGCGCUCCUCAGUGGCGGCUGAUGUCAUCUCCCUGCUCCUGAGCGGCGACAGCGGCGACAGCCCACGCCUCUGGAUCGGCUUGCAGCUCCAGGCCGGCUGCAGCGACCAGGGGCAACUCGGGCCCUUGCGCGGCUUCCAGUGGGUUACCGGCGACAACCGCACCAGCUACAGCAGGUGGGCGCGGCUCCACGUCGACCCGGCGCCUCUCUGCGGUCCCCUGUGCGUCGCAGUAUCGGAAGCCGGGGCCCUAGCACCCGGCGAGCCGGCCUGGGAGGAGCAGCAGUGCACUGCAGAGGCCGAUGGUUUCCUCUGCGAGUUCCACUUCGCAGCCUCCUGCAGGCCCCUGCUGGUGGAGUCUGGCUCCGUGGCGGGCGCCGGUGUAACCAUCACCUAUAGCACCCCGUUCGGGGCCCGCGGCGCGGACUUCCAGGCGCUGCCGGUGGGUAGCUCCGCCGCUGUAGCGCCCUUGGGAGUGGAGCUGGAAUGCGCGGCGCCGCCAGGAGAGGCCGAGGCGCGGUGGGACCGGGAUGCGCCUGGCGCCUGGGACUGCAGCGUGGAGAACGGCGGCUGCCAGCACACUUGCAACGCGAGCGCCGAGACGUCGCACUGCCUCUGCCCGGCGGACGCCUACCUGCAGGCAGACGGGCGCUCCUGCGCCGCACUAGCGGAUCACUUGUGCCACAAACUCUGCGAGCAUUUUUGCAUUCCCAACAGCUACGUGCCCGGCUCCUACUCGUGCAUGUGCGAGACGGGCUACCGGCUGGCUGCCGACCAGCACCGGUGCGAGGACGUGGACGACUGUAUCCAGGUGCCCAGUCCGUGCCCGCAGCGAUGUGUUAAUACGCGGGGCGCCUUCGAAUGCCUCUGCAACUCCGGCUUCGAGCUGGUGGACAACGAGUGCGUGGAGUCAGUGGACCCGUGCUUCGGGAGUAAGUGCGAGUACCAGUGCCAGCCCGUGGGUCAAACUGACUUCCGCUGCAUCUGCGCCGAGGGCUUCGCACCCAGCCCUCACGAUCCACACAGGUGCCAGAUGUUCUGCAACCAGACUGCAUGCCCAGCUGACUGCGAUCCCAACAGCCCAACUUCCUGCCAGUGCCCCGAGGGCUACAUUCUGGACGAGGGCUUCAUGUGCACGGACAUCGACGAGUGCCAAAAUGGAGACUGCCCCGAGGCCUGCCGCAACCUCCCGGGCACCUACGAGUGCAUCUGCGGGCCUGACUCGCCCUUCCCCGGCCGGGAUGCCACCAACUGUGACUCCAUCACGGUGAGCAAUGACAGCGACGGCGACAGCGGCUCUGGGGAGCCCCCAGUCAGCCCGACUCCGGGCGCCACCUUGAGCCCCUCACCUGUAGGGCCCUUGCAUUCUGGAGUGCUCAUCGGCAUCUCCAUCGCCAGCCUGUCUCUGGUCGUGGCGCUUUUGGCGCUCCUGUGUCACCUGCGCAAGAAGCAAGGCUCCACGAGGGCGGAGUUGGAGUACAAGUGUGGCGCCCCAGCCAAGGAGGUGGUGCUGCAGCACGUGCGAACCGAGCAGAUGCCUCAGAAACUCUGAGAGGCCUCCUCCCUGGCCGCUGCUGUUGGCUGGGCCUUCCCUCCCUCCUGUGCCUCUCCCCCUCCCCCAGCCUUACUCCCUGGCCACCUAUUCCAAAGCACUUUAGCUGGCAUCAGAACUGGAGAAGACCAGGCCCCCCUUCUUUUGCUGAUUCCACACUUGGCUGGGGAGUGGGGGUUGGAAGGAGUAUGCGCCCCAGCCACUUCCAUGACAUCAUCGGACAACUAGGCAGAGAUGGCAAUUUAUAGCGAAGACACAGACUACAGAGUGUCCCAUGACCUCAACAAGGGGCACGAGAGGGGUGGGCCUCCUUGGCUGGCAGCCUUUGGGUCAGACUUUUGAUUCCGUGGACUAGUGAGUGUAAUCAAGGUGUGGAUAAUGACCAAGAUAUUUAUUUUUUAAGUAUUUAGGAUGGCUUUUUUUUUCUUUGCUUUUGCUUUUUUUCCCCCCACCUGUAUGUCUCCAGUACCCACUUUGUAUCCCUCCCUCCCUCCCUUCCCCCUUCCCUAUCUGUAUAUUUAUAUAUUUCUACUCUUCAGGUGGCAGUUAAACCAUCUUGGUGGUUUUCCCAGCACUCUCACAUUGCUGAAGCCAAGCCUCAGUUCCCUUCAUUGUUCCUCCCAAUUUUCCCCUCCCUGGAACUCAGCCAACCCACCUGGAAUGUCCCUACCUGGCCACCCUCCUUCUGUUCUUCCAUGUCUGCCUGGGCAAAGCUCCUAUGUGAAACAGAAUCAAAAACACUACAAUCAAGGUUGGUUGGGAAUUUAUUUGCUCUUGAACCAGGCUUGCUAAUUUAUCCUGAAAUUUCAGGCUUCCAGAGUAAUAUCAUUUUAACAAAAGUUAAGAUGUGAGAGACAUUCGUUGAACUAAUGUUGCUGGACUGUCAUAGAAAUUCAACCCAAGGAGUUUUUUUUAUUUUUAUUUUUUAAACAAUGAGCCUGGGUUUUAUUGUUGUCAUUUUUGUUUGAACUGAAAGAUCUUUAUUGUUGUUAAGCUUCUUAUGCCAGUUUCUUUUUCCCAUUAUUAUAAUUAUUAUUGUUGUUUUAACUGGUUAUUUUUGAUAAUGUUGAAAACGUUCUCAUGAUUGCUCUAGAUUGAGAUGGGAAUGAAGUUCCUCCCAGGAGACAGUUUAAGAAAGUUCUGAGCUGUACAAUUCAUACCAGUUACCAUUUUGAAUCUUACUCUUCUUGUAAUGUGUGCUCCAAAAUAAAACCAGUUCUGCUGGGUUUGGGGGGAUUUGGGAACUUGGGGAUGAAGCCUGGAGGAUGCCCAAUUAGGGCCUCACCUUGAUCAGACCAAUGGGAAUUUCUCCCACUUCAGAGGGGCCCUCCAACCCUGGCCACUUAGAACAUGGUCCCUGCACAAGAAGUGGGAGCUGCCCCUGGCAGCCGGUUAGAAAUGCAGAAACUCCGGCUGCACAAGAAUCUGUACUUUAACAAGAUCUGCAGGGGUCUGCCCAGUAUAGCUUGAGAAGAACUGUUUCAGACAGCUUCCAACUUUCUGGAAUACAUUAAAUAUGGAUCAGUAAUAAGCAGCAGGCCAAGUCUGGGCCUAUAUUCUCAAGAAACUGAGGAACUUCAAUUGAUAGCUUUGCUUUCUGAUAGAAAAGACUAGGUACACACCUUUAGACAUUGCUACACAGGGUUGUUGGUUCAACUAAGCUAGGAAUGAAUCGUGUUUCACUGUAUGGGAAAAUGUAUCAUACAAGUGUAUCUUUUGUAAAACAAACAUUUUCCUCUAUUUUGUAAACUCAGCACAUUUGUACAUAGUUAUUUAUUUAUUGGAGAUAAACUAGAACACAGGCAAAACUCUUGCUUAUGACAUCACAUGUAGAAAAUAAACAAAUAACAGAGUG